AUGUCAACAGAAGAAGAUCAAAAAUUAUUCCUUUCAAUUGGAUUAGAUGAAAAGAGAGCAAAAGAUACUUUAAAAAAUAAAGAUCUUACUGCAUUAUUAAAAACCAUUAUUGAAGAAGCAUCCGUUUCAAAAGGUUGUGAUAAAUCAAUUGGUAACCUUUUAUAUAGUUUAGCAACUUGUCAACAAGUAAACUCACCAAUUCGUUCAAACGUUUCAAAAGCAAUUGGUGAAGAAAAAAUUAAAACCACCAUUCAAUUCCAAGCUGCAACUCAAUACUUAAAAGAUAACAAAGAAUUCAAUCAAGAUACAUUUAACGAUUUUUGUGGUGUUGGUGUUGUCAUCACACCAGAACAAAUUCAAAAAGCUAUUGAUGAUUUAUUCACUAAAAAAGCUACUGAAAUUUCUGAAAAAAAAUGGCAUAUACCAAUUGGUGAUUUAUUAAAUCCAUUAAAAGAAUCAUUAAAAUGGGCAGAUUUAAAAGAAGUUAAAAUAAUGUUAGAUAAAAAAUUAGAGACAACAUUAGGACCAAAAGUUGUUGAAGCUAAAGAAAAGAAAGUAGCAGCAACAACCACUGCACCAGUUAAAAAGAUUGAAGAGCAAUUAGCAGCAAUUACAUUGAAACAAGAUGCAAGCUUACCAACACCAAAGAGAUUAAAGAUUAGAGAAUGUUCACCAAAAUUUGCCAAUCAACGUGUUGAAGUUCAUGCAUGGGCACAUCAUGUUAGAAAUCAAAAGAAGAUUGUAUUUUUAGAGUUACGUGAUGGUACUGGUUUCCUUCAAUGUGUUUUAUCAGGUGACUUGGUUCAUCCAUCAAUCAUUGAUAAAUUAUUACGUGAAGCCACUGUAAAGAUUGUUGGUACCUUGGUGAUUCCACCAGCCGAUAAGAAGUGUCCAGGUGGCGUCGAGCUCCAAGCAGACUACUGGGAAUUAUUAGGACCAAGUAAUGCCGAUUUAGAGGGUGUUAUCAAUCAAGAAUCAAACGUCGAUCAUUUAUUCGACCAACGUCAUAUCAUGAUGAGAGGUACUCGUGCCUCAUCCAUCAUGAAGAUUCGUUCAUUAUGUUUGUUUGCAUUCCGUCAACACUUUUUCGAAAAUCAUUAUAUGGAAGUCACUCCACCAACCCUCGUAAACACCUACUGUGAAGGUGGUUCUGAACUCUUCACCGUCGACUACUUUGGUAAACCAGCCUAUCUCACUCAAUCAUCACAAUUAUACCUCGAAACUAUGUUACCAGUACUCGGUGACAAUUUCACCAUCACUCAAAGUUAUCGUGCUGAAAAGGCUCGUACUCGUCGUCAUUUAACCGAGUUUUUACAUUUGGAAGCUGAAUGUCCAUUCAUCACCUACGAGGAACUUCAAGAUCGUAUCGAAUUCUUGGUUGUCGAUGUUUGUGAAAAACUCUUCAAAAUGGACCCAGAAUUGAUCCUCUCUGUCAAUCCAGACUUUAAAGUACCAAAGAGACCAUUCAUGAGAAUGAACUAUUCCGAUGCUAUCGAAUAUUGUAAAAAGAAUGGUAUCCAAAAGAAACUUGAAGAUGGUACUGAAGUCGAUUUCGAAUUUGGUGAUGAUAUUCCAGAGGCUCAAGAAAGAAGAAUGAAUGAUCAAAUCGGUGAACCAAUCUUCCUCUGUAGAUUCCCUGCUGAAAUGAAAGCUUUCUACAUGGCUAGAUGUCCAGAAGAUAGAACUCUCACUGAAUCUCUUGAUCUCUUAAUGCCAGGUGUUGGUGAAAUCGUUGGUGGUUCUAUGAGAAUUUCAGAUUUCAAUGAAUUGGUUGCAGCUUAUAAAAAAGCUGGUCUUGAUACUGAUGAAUAUUAUUGGUUCACUGAUCAACGUAAAUAUGGUACUACUCAACAUGGUGGUUAUGGUUUAGGUGUUGAACGUUUCCUUACUUGGAUGCUCAAAGAAGAACAUAUUCGUAAUGUUUGUGUUUACCAACGUACAAAAGAUAGAAUUACCCCAUAA